GGCGCCGGAAGAGAAGCGGGUCUCUUUGGGGCCGGCCAUCUUGUGUGGUAUCGCGAGCAGGGGGCUGGGGCCUGGGCAGCAUCGGAGGAGGAUCCCGCCGAGAGGGGCCCAUCAUGCCCGGACACCUGCAAGAAGGGUUCGGCUGCGUCGUCACCAACCGCUUUGACCAGCUCUUUGACGACGAGUCGGACCCCUUCGAGGUGCUGCGGGCGGCCGAGAGCCGGAGGAAGGAGAGCGGCGGCGGCGGCGGCGGCGGGAGCCAAGGGGGCGGCGGCGGCGGGGCCCGCAGCGGGCAGGCGGCCCAGGCCAACUCCUCUGGCGGGGUUGGCAGCGGGGGCUCGGGCCAGGCUGGGGGAGGCGGCGGCAGCAGCAGCGCGGCCAAGCAGCUGCGCAGGGAGUCACAGAAAGAGCGCAAGAACCCGCUGCCCCCCUUCGCUGCCUCGCCCGGGGGCGCCGGCGACCGCAGGGAGGAGGGCAGCGGGCAGCCCGCCGCGCCGCUUAGGAAGGAAGGUAUAAGACGAAUUGGCAGACGGCCUGAUCAGCAGCAGCAGCCUCAGGGUGAAGGCAAGCCUAUUGAGAGGAGACAGGAGAGACGACCGCCUCGUGAACGCCGAUUCGAUAAACCUGCUGAAGAGAAGGGUGAAGGAGGGGAAUUUUCUGUGGAUAAACCCGUUAUUGACCGACUUGUGCGUGGUCGUGGUGGUCCAGGCGGAAGAGGUGGACGUGGUGGUCGUGGACGUGGAAUGGGCAGAGGAGAUGGCUUUGACUCCCGUGGCAAGCGUGAAUUUGACAGACAUAGUGGAAGUGAUAGAUCUUCUCUCUCACAUUCCCAUUUCAGUGGCCUAAAGCAUGAGGAUAAACGUGGUGGCAGCGGAUCACACAACUGGGGAACCGUCAAAGAUGAGCUAACUGAUUUGGAUCAGUCAAACGUGACCGAGGAAACACCAGAAGGAGAGGAACACCCACCUGCUGAUUCUGAGAAUAAAGAGAAUGAGGUGGAAGAGGUUAAGGAAGAAGGCCCAAAAGAAAUGACCUUGGAUGAAUGGAAAGCUAUUCAGAAUAAGGAUCGUGCAAAAGUUGAAUUCAACAUCCGUAAACCAAAUGAGGGUGCUGAUGGGCAAUGGAAAAAAGGAUUUGUUCUCCAUAAGUCAAAGAGUGAGGAGACAAAGGGGAUGACAGAAAUGCCGGGGAGUCCGCUGGAGUCAAAUGAGGCUCAUGCUGAAGACUCUGUAAUGGAUCAUCACUUCCGUAAACCAGCAAAUGAUAUUACGUCCCAGCUGGAGAUCAAUUUUGGAGACCUUGGUCGCCCCGGACGUGGUGGCAGAGGUGGUAGAGGUGGCCGGGGGCGUGGUGGAAGGCCCGGACGUGGAAGCAGAACUGACAAGUUGGUGAAGGAGUUUGACGUGAUCCACACACCCAAUCAGUCAAGUGCUUCUGCUCCUGAUGUAGAUGACCCAGAGGCUUUCCCAGCUCUGUCCUAAACUGGAUGUCAUAAGCCACCUCUGCCCCCUCGCUGGGCCCUCCUCUACGAGGCUUGCAUGCUUAAGGAUCCUAAACAACUAAGAAAUUUAAAAAAUGAGACUGUCAUUCAUACCAUUCACACCUAAAGACUGAAUUUUAUCUGUUUUGAAAAUGAACUUCUCUCGCUACACAGAAGCAACAAUAUGGUAGUCAGUUUUGUAUUUAGAAAUGUAAUGGUAGCAGGGAUGUUUUCAUAAUUUUUUCAGAGAUUAUGCAUUCUUCAUGGAUACUUUUUUGUAUUGCUGCUUGAAAAUAUGCGUUUCCAAACUUGAAAUAUAGGUGUGAACAGUGUGUACCA